ACGAACCGGAAGAUAUGCUAAAGAGCUUUCGAUAAUCUGCCAGUGUGUGGCAAUCGUUAUCCGUGACUUUCCUGAGGAUGUAUCAUCAUCAGGAUUGCCUGUUGCAUAUCUGCAGUUCUUUACGGCUUGUUCGGAGCAAAUUCGUCCAGAACAGCUUCGAUGUAGUGAUGCACCAGGACUCAUCGACGGCUCCUCAGAGUCUGGUCCAAAUUUCGAGUCACAACAAACCUUACAGAUUGACGUAUCCAUCGUCUAACCAAAAGCAAAUACUGCUGUUCAUUACCUUCCGUCUGGUUGUGUCUAUCACCGAGUCUGUUUCAGGAAUUGCUCCGCCCCAAUCAGGAAUGUUCCCUAUUCCAAUAUCUAUGUCUUCAACUGCGAAGAUUGACGAUGAAAGCCAAGGUGGGGUGAGCUGGACGCGGACUGAUAUAUCCCUUCCGGUCCGCAAUGUCAUUGCCCAUGCAUCGCUUCACGAUCCCAACUUCGAUGCAGAUUCGUCUGUCUUCGAGGAUGACUCGGCAUAUCCUGAGGUACGAUCCGCCGUAGCGAACAUAGAUGAUCCUUCGGUCCCCGUCAACACCCUUCGUUCAUGGCUUAUUGGGAUUAUCUGGGCGAUGCUUAUCCUUGGGUUGAAUCAAUUUCUUUUCUUCAGAUAUCCGUCAAUCAUUGUCUCAAUUGACUUCGUUUCCAAUCGGCCGUUUGGUACCAAUCAGCAUACGCAAGUCGGUUUAUCACGGGAGCGGUUCUUCGUGUACGCGUUUCUCGCUUCCGGUCCGUGGUAUGUAUUCCCCGGAUACCUCUUCCGGGCCCUGAGCUAUUUCUCGUGGGUAUGCUGGAUCGCCCCGAAGAAUAUCAUUGCCAAUCAGCUGUUCGGAUAUAUCUCUGGUUUGGGGACGUCUACCGUCACCUUCGAUUGGUCACAAAUCGCAUACAUUGGUUCUCCUCUGGCUACUCCUUGGUGGACGGCUGCGAACGCUGCUGCUGGUUUCUUUUUCUUUUUCUUACCUGCCCCCAUCACAGCAACUCUCGCACAUACGAUAUUGUACCAUCGUAGACAGAUUUGGGCUCAAGCAUGUCGUUCACUUCAUGAACAUGCUGAUAUCCAUGCCCGAUUCAUGUCCGUUUACCCUCAGGUUCCAGAUUGGUGGUACGGAAUCAUACUCGUGGUAAUGUUGGUUUUUGGUGUCAUCUCAAUCGAAGUGUGGGAUACCCAAACGCCCGUGUGGGCGUUCGUACUCGCUCAUACCCUUGGUUUCAUUUACACCGUCCCCGUUGGGGUACAGUUCCAUGACCCAAGCACUGCAGUUCGCGAGCGGUUUCAAACUUGGUCACUACAUAAAGAUCCCCUUAGACCACGCACUAUGCAGUUAUCUAAUGGUGCAAUUUACAAUGGCUUGCUAUUCUUCCUCCUGGUCGGUGUAGCUGCUCCUUCAAUUGGGGAUUUGAUCCAAAGGAAGUGGCCUGUAAUUUUCAAUGGUACCGGUGCUAUCCCACCUGCAACUGCGGUGAAUUACGUGCCUUGGACAACUGUUGACUUCAUCUUCAACUAUAUCAUACGGCGCCGCCGCUUCGCAUGGUGGACAAAAUACAACUGUGGGUUCGCGUUGCAGUACACCCAUCACAAUGCCUGGCUUCCUUGACACUGGUACUAAGACGUCCUAUCAGCUGCACUGGACGCAGGUGCUGCUGUUUCCGGCGUAUUGAUCUUCUUGUGUCUUUGAUAUCCUCGCGAUGGCACUGUUGGAGAAAGUUCAAUUGAAAAAUGGUGGGGUAAUACAGUAUUCCUGAAGACAUUGGAUGCUGUUUCUGCGCCAUUCUACACCCUUGAACUUUGGGCCCGAGACCCAGUGAUUUGACCACACUACCACAAUGUCCACCUAUUACACACCC